UUUUGAGUUGGACCACUGUAAAUCAGUCAACGUGACAGGUACCACUCACCUAAUUUGGCAUAAAAAUUUUUUGUGAAAUAUUAAAUAAAAUGGAAGUCACUCUCCUCACUAUAAGUAAGUUGUGUGCUAGUAUACUACACAAGUGCACUCUUGAAUUGGACCAAAACGUAAUAAUCGUUAGUGAGUUACGUGACAAAAUCUAUGAUAUCUAUCCAACCCUGGAUGAAAAGGACUAUGCAGUGUAUUGGUGGUACAACAAAGACUGUUUUCAUAAAGUUUGGGACUACAUAACGUAUUUCACAGCGAUAAGUCUGAUGGCUGAGAAAAUCUUACUUUUAGUUUUGAUGGAUUCCGAAGAUGGCUCUGAAGAGAACGAGUCGUUUCUACAUGAAUUAGAUAUCGGUGAAUUAAAAGAAGCGAAAAGAAGAAUGAAAAAGGACCCGUACGAUAUUUGUAGAAAAGUUGAUAGCAUGGAAGGUUUGGAUGUUGGUCUACCGUUCAAACUGAGGACCGAUUCUGAAAUAUUGAGCUAUGCAUUGAGGAAAUAUCCUGAACCAAAGUAUUUUACUUCGGACUUGACGUUUAGAAUGAGUUGUGCUCAAUGUAUUAAGAAGGGUUGGCCCAAGCAGAAAGGCGUGUUAACGUUGCUUAAUGAGGAAAUUAUUGAACGAACACCUCCCAAAGUGGAGGGAACUAAAACAAAGAAAUAACCACAGCAGGUGCUUGCAAGAUCUUUCCUAAAGAUGGUACCACUCUUUAUGUGUAUUUGAUAUCAACUAUAGUUAUAAAUUACAUAGAAAUAAAAAAUGGCACUCUUUAUUUUGGAAGGUGACUGUAAACAGAACAAUGGC